AUGGAGCCUAACAGGUUUUUUAUUCAUCAGGAUAAUGAUUCGGCAGAGACUAUCAAGUUGGAAGAGCUAUCUAUAGGUGGGGCAGGUCUCCAUAAUAGUAAUAGAACUGUGGAAGAUGGUAUCACAAAAUGCAUUAGCGAUCUCAAUAUCUACGAUUUGUUACAUAAUAAUCCGCCCUCGAGCUCCGAUGAUAAUGAGGAGGGGCACGAAGCGCGAAUUAGGGCAGCAGGUGAAGUAGAUGGGUUACAGGUCCUUUUGAGGCCUCCAGAGCCGUCUUCGGCACCUAUUGGUAAGCAGCAUCAGGAUAUUUCUAUUUGGGCCGCUGGCGGGCCGCGACACCGGACUCCUAUUCGAAAAUUGAAGUCGUCCCUUAAACUGUCAUCUAAUUCUCACUCUCAUUCCAGCUGUAACUCUGCAUCAUUGUGCUCGAAUAAAAAUGUGCGUUUUGCUCCGCAGUUGGCGCAAGUGAAGCGCUUCGAUCUAAACAGCGAGCCAAUUUCCAUUUCUAGUGAGAGCUCUCCCGGUAUGGCUGCCUUGGACCAGCUGGAGGAGCUGGGAGAAACUGUUUUAGAUAAGUUUUGGUUUGGAACUCCUUCAUUUGGGCGUAUGAAAUUCAGGAUGCCACCUAGUAAGAGUGUUCCAAAGUUUUCUUUGGACUAUGACUCAGAUGACUCAGAUGAAAAGCAAUUAGACGUAGAGAAUGCCGAUGAUGACUACUCAUCAUUCGACUCUUCAGAGGAUGAAUGUGACGUCGAGGAUGACUUUGUGCCGAAUGAACCUGCUGACACCCCAGACGAAGAUAUUUCAUCAACGGUUGGGGGCACUAGAUGUGUUGAGCAGUUAAUGAUCAGUCAUUGGGAAUUGCAAAGCUCUAAUCUUGUUCCCUUUCAUUCUUCCAAUGUUGAUGUACCAUUUCAGGAGCAGUUGUUGGAUUUUUUGCAAGGCCACAACAUUAAACUCAGCAAAAUAUCUCUUACUGACAUGCACACUAUAAAGGGCCAGAUCUAUGUUACUAAUCUUAACUUUGAGAAAUUUAUCGAAGUUAAGUUUUCCUUCAAUGAAUGGAAAGAUAUCCACUAUGUCUCUGCGCAGUAUCUAAGGACAGUUACUCCUAAAGUCGAUGAAUUUAAUUUUACAAUUGAUUUGUCUAGUUACAAGUACUUCAUGAAAGUCAAAAGUUUGCUCUAUUGUGAUUAUGAUGCAAAACAAACCUGGUGUCCUGUGACGAUGGCACUAUGUUGCCGCUAUGAUGUCAACGGUGAAACUUACUAUGAUAAUAACAACUAUGAGAACUUCCAGAUAAAUGCAAGAUGCUUAACUAUGUGUAUGCCACCUUCCGCAAAGAUGAGAACUAGCAACAAGCCUAAUAGUAAGAGAAAAGUAUCCCUCAGCAAUUGCGAUGUUCCAACCCGAAAAGGGAGAAAUACUGCAAAUUUGUUGUUUGGAAAAGGGCAUAAGAUUAUGCCAUUAACGAAAUCAUUCAGUUAUGAUUUUUUAUUAAACUUUAAAUCAAAAUCAACAAUAUCUCCGCCUAUCGCGGGUAACACUUCAUCUGUGCGACCAUCUAUUGGUCGUACAUUCUCUGAAGGAACCGAUUAUUUCAACACAUCGCCAUUAAAACAUGUGUAUCAUUUUGAUGCUUCAAAAAGUAAAAACAAAGAUGAAUCCAGCACAAAUUCCAGCAGCAAUUACUAUGAUACUUGUAUGGAAUCUACCACCACCUCCAAGGAACCUACUCUGAGUCUCUCAAGUGACUCUUAUGAUAUACUGUCUUCGGAUACUUCCAGUCUCAGUAACAAGGAUAGUAACAGUAUUAAAAACCGUGACAACUGUAAACUAAUGGAUAACAAAAACGAUCUAAUAAACGGAAGAGUGUUGCAUAAUUAUCCAUAUUAUUCCGCGAGCUCAUCUUCAACUGAUAACUAUUCUCGAUAUGACUAUAGAGAACCGCUUCUAACAAACGCCCUAUGCGGAUCGCCAUCAUCCAAUACCGAGGAUUCAGAAAAAGUGACAGUCGUAGCAAAAGGAGGUUGA